AUGGCAACAAAAGCUGUAGAUCUAACGUAUAGUCUUCAUCCACCAUCUUCCGUUAACCCUCCAACUGCAGGUCCAUCAUCUCAACCCAUUCCUUCGUCCUCAACUCUCACAUUUCCCGUAUCGACAUCCGUUUCAUCAUCUGAUCGUGCACUGGAUCAACUACCCCCUUCGAUAAACGAGUCCACUUCCGCAACGUCGGCAUAUUACCAAUCGCUUACGGUGACAAUACGGCAAGUCCAAAAUACACUGAAUGAGACUUUAACACAAUGGAAAGACGCUGUUGGAGAUUCAGAGAAACAUAAAGAAGAUCUGGGCAAAGUGGCUCAUGGACAAGGAAGAGCAACAGUAAUGAGUCUAGCUGUCAAUAAGGAAUAUAGAAAAUCAGUUCCUGUCAAGCCUGAUGAUGAUAGUGAAAGCGAUGAUGAUGACGACGAUGCCAGUGAUUGA